AUGAUAUCGACUGGUGGAAAUCCCGACAAACGACUAGAACUUAUUCAAAAGACAUAUCAUCUUCAAACAACAAACAACAAUAUUGAAAAUUCUCCACCAGAUCGUUCUUUAGUUGCCAAAGUGUCUAGUCAUCAACCAUCUCGUAAAACGUCUGUUCACGACGUACAUGAAGCUCACAAUGAUCAAUUUAACAAAACAGUAGGAGAAAUACAUGAAAAUCUUGCUCGUAUAAAUGGCAUAUUAGAAACAAUGACUAGCGCUGCUUCAAUUCGAGAUGAAUUUGGAAAAAUAAAACUUCAAUUAAUUGUUAAAAUAGCUGAUUUUAUCUAUAAAUUAACAAAUGAUUCUGCAAGAAGAUCAUCGAAUAAUUUAAAGAAUAGUUCAACUAAUUUAACAUAUAAUCCUCAACACAUUGCUUAUUGUAUUGAAUAUUUUCGAAAUCAACUAAUAAAAGCUAAAUAUCUAUUUUCAUCAUUAACUUUAUCAGCUUCAAUUGGUUCAUCAACUCUUGAUAAUAUUGUUGUUAAAUCUCUUUCUACAAUAAAUCUUCAACAAACAUCAUCAAAUGGUCAAGAUGUACAAAGUAUUGAAGAUAUUACUGGAAUAAAAAAAGAUAUCUUAAAUUUAGAAGAGUAUAUUUAUUUACUUAAUCAACGUUAUGCAAAUCAUAUCGUCGAUUGGCAAACAUUAGAAGAUGUGGCAGGGGGAACGACAACGAUGACAGGAGAGGAAAAAUUACUAACUACUAAUGUUGGAUUUAAUAUUCAACGAUUAGGAGUAACCCCAGCAGCGCAAAAACUAUCAGCAACAUCAUCGACAACAUCAAUUGAACGUUCAAGUUUCUGUGCACGACUUCAUCAAAAAUGCCAAAUCGUUUGUUGUAUUUGUACACCUAAUUAUUUGUAA